GAUUGGUGCAUUUCAGCGCAUGGAAUCAUGGGAAAGCGCCCCGUUCAAAUCUGUUUCCGGUUUGUUCUGUUCCGUUUCGUUCGACAUGAAAAACAUGGAGCCCAACCGGAUCAGCGCGGCAAAGACACCCCUGAACAGUGCUGGCCAGAGGAGGAGUAAAAGCAGGAGCUACCGGCAGUCAUACCGCAGCUGCUUAGGUGCGGCGUCACGUCUGUGUUUGACCCCGGCGAUGACGUCACGGCGCCUCAACACCAACAGAAAAGCGCCGGAGUUGCUCAACAUCGCUGAGAGGGUGGACGCCCAGCAGCUGGCCUUACUGAUGAGAACGGAAUGGCAGCUGUCCUACGUCACGCCCCUCUACCAGUUCCGCUACACCCAACUGAAGAGCUAUGCCAGGCAGCUCUCUGCAUAUCUGACUGCAGAGAAACAGCAAGGCCUGGCGGUGGGGGUGGAUGUCAGCCUGAGCUACAGAGUCACCUUCUCCGUGGUUCACGGGAUGACCCAAACUGAAGUUGAUGCCGAGACCGUCUUAAUACAGAUUUACUGCAAGCCCUUGUUUGGCAGGCAGGAUGAGCCCCCGAAGGAAGUGUGGAAAGGCUGGCUCACAUGCAUCAACGGCAGCCAUGACUACAUCAACUCACUUCCAAAAGACUUGACCUGCCUGCCACUAUUUGGCAGCAGCAAGACCGAGGCGCUCACCGCUUCCGUCAAAUCCUGGUUCCAGAAGAGCUUUGACUGUUUCUUCGCCCCGUUGGAGAUCAGCCACACGAUCCUGCAGUGGCUGGUGGCGCUGUGGACCAACUGCCACGCAGAGCCCAAUACCCGGCAACUCCAAAUGGUGUGGACUCUCCCGGUCGUGCCGGCGCUGCAGGUCACCUACGCUGUCGACCCGGCGGACGCCUGGCAGCUGUGGUGCAGUGUGAGGCGAGAUCCGCAGGAAAGGAUGACCGAACAUGACAUUAUUGACAUCGAGGAGGUGAUGAGGCUCAUGAAGGGACUCAUGUGCCACUUCUACCGACACUUCAGGGUGGACCUGUCGGCUGGGACCUUGAGUCAGGUGUCCACGGCACUGGGAGGAGCCAAAUGUAGCGGGAAGAUUAAGUUUUUAAACAGCAACUACAUGACCGCCAUGCUGACGUUGCUGACCGAGUGCGCCCUCCUCAAGAUGCCAAUUUGAAGAAACCUGCAGAUGGUAAAAUAAAUCAGGUCUUAUGUUGAAGGGGAACUGGAAUUUUGUCCAUCAUCCACAAUCCUUAUGAUAAGAAAACACAAAUUAUAAGCAGUGAAAAACUGCUAGUACAAGGCAGCUAACGACACUGGUAAUAAGAUUAAUCUACUCCGCCUAUAAAGCGCUUAAAAAACGGCAACAACGCUCCUUUACAUGCCGUGACCUGCAUAUUAUCCAAGCUACAGCAACAUUCUAAUUGUAAGAGCUAACACAGAGGAACUACUUUUCUGGCAUAGUGACUCAGGUUGUUCAAUAAAAUCGAUUCUCACCCGAAUAGGGAUUCUUAUUUAUUCUGAUUCUAAAUAGAUUAAUCAUUUUUAUAAAAUAUAUAUAUUUUUCUUUUUAAGAAUCAGUUUCAGAGAUGUUUUUAGGCCAUCUCCAUGCUGACUGGCUGCGCGUAUACUUAACCUGUUUUUAAAAAAGUUAUUAUAAUUCUUUUUUUAUUUUAUUUUUUUUAAGAAUUUAUUAAUCAAUC